AUGAGUAAAAAGUAAUCAAAGGGAAUUGAGGUUUACCUUAGAAUCAGACCUUCCAAAAAGUCAUAUCCUGGACUCAUUCUCGAUAAAGAAGGGAAUGAAGUUCAAUUCAACUUUCCAAAAGAUGGAUAAAAAUCAGGAAAUUAAAACGCUAAAGAUGAUGUCUAUAAUUUUGUAUUCAAUGGUGUGCUUGAUCAAAUGACUUAGCAAGAAACUGUGAUAGAAUCUUGCUUUGAAGGUUACAAUGGAACUAUAUUUGCCUAUGGUCAGACUGGCUCUGGUAAGACCUAUACGAUUACUGGAGGAGCUGAAAGAUACAAUGAUAGAGGUAUUAUUCCGAGAACAAUAUCUUAUAUCUUCAAUGAAAUAUCAAAGAGAAAUACUUCAUCUUACAAGCUUAAUGUAAGUUACCUGGAGAUUUACAAUGAUUCUGGAUAUGAUUUGCUUGACGAAAAUCAUGCUACAAAGAGUUUGUUUGAUUUACCCAAGGUCAAGAUCUAUGAAUUAAGUGAAGAUCAAUAUGUUUUGAAAAAUCUCUCAGUUCACAGAGCAGAGAAUGAAGAAGAUGCUUUAAACUUAUUGUUCAUUGGAGAUACUAACAGAGUGGUUUCAGAAACUCCCAAAAAUGAUGCUUCUACAAGAUCUCACUGUAUCUUUAUGAUUUAGCUUGAAUGCCAGAAGAAUGGAGAGGAUGUUAAGACUGUGAGUAAAUUGCAUUUGGUCGAUCUGUCUGGUUCUGAGCGACCAAGUUAGACUGGCAUUGAUGGUAAAACUCUUGAAGAAGCUAAGAACAUUAAUUUGUCUCUACAUUAUCUUGCUUAGGUCAUUGAGUGUUUGAAUGAGAAAGCAAGAGGAAAUCAUGUGACUCAUAUACCCUAUAGAAAUUCAAUGAUGACAUAAAUCUUAAGAGAUUCACUUGGAGGUAACUGUAAAACAAAGAUGAUAGCGACGAUGAUCAGUAGGAAUGAGCAAGUAGAUCCAGGAGUUAUCAUAUCCAGACUUAAAAAGGAGGUGUAGGAGCUUAAAGCCGAAAUUGCUCUGCUCAAAGGAGAAGAUGUAAAGGAAAAUCUGACCUCUGAAGAUAUUGAGAGGUGCAAUAAAAUGGUUUAGGAGUUUAUAGAUUCCUCAGAUCCAUCAUCUACUAUAGUGCUAGCUGAUAGAUUAAUGAUCAAUUAGUGCUUCUAUCACUUUAAGCAUAUAUUUAGAGAUAUGUAAAAGAAAAAAGGUGGAGCUGGGCCUGCUGGCUUCAGCUCAGCACCUGAAAAGACCAGCGGUGGGGGACCAGUUAAAGACGAUAGCAUGGAAGUGAAGAAGUCACAGGAGGAGAUAUAAAGGCUAUAAAUUCUCGUACAGUAAAGAGAUAAUGAAAUAGGAAUCUUGCUUAAUUAUCUUAAUAAGAAAAAGGGAGAUGAAACUAUCCCUGGAAUUGGAGUUUAGCGAUAAGAGGAGAGUAAGGGAGGUUAGACACUAUUCUAAAUGAUGCAAAAUUCUAAUCAAGACUCAAAUAAAAAAAAUUUAGAAGUUGUUUAGGGAGGAGUGAAUGACAACCCAAUUUAAAAGAGACAAAACUAAUAAGACAGGGAAAUGUAUGAAGUUUAGCAAAUGACAAAUGGUCAUAUUCAUUUGACUAAUGAAGACUUGGCUGAUCGAAGUAAGGCAUUUGAUCUGUUCAGAAGAUCUUAUCGUAAGAAUGAGGCAAUGGAUGAAAAUCGAGAAUUAUUAAAGCAAAAAUAUUCCAGGGGUAAGGAGCUUGGAAACAUGGUAAAUGAGAGUAGAGAUCAGAUUAAGGUUUUAACUAAUAAGAUUGAGCAAAUAAGAAAGGAAAAUGCAAUGAGAGGUUAGGUUGAUUCAAAUGGUGAAAUCAUUUAAACUCCUGAGGAACUCAAUAUGCAAUAAAAGAUUAGUAUACUUAAGAAGAGUUAUUAAGACUAGUAUUAAGAGUUGAAAGAACUUAAGAGUGAAAUUGAAAGAAUAACCAACCUCUUAGAGAGAUCAAGACAGCAAAUGCAAAAUGAUUUUGAAAAGUGGCUUAGCGUUAUGUUAAAGCAGAACCAAAUGGCUAAUACCAGUUCAAUUAAUUCAGGGGGUAUAAAUUCAACAUUAAAUACAUCUACUGGUGGAGGUUUUAAUCCAGCAUCAACUGAUAAGAAAGUAAAUGAAAACCUUGAGGCUUUUUAUAGAGCAAGAAAUGAAAUCUAUAAAUGA